AAAUAAACACAUCCCUCAAAUGGAGCGUGUUUUGAAAGCUGUACCAGCAGACUUAAGAGUAAAAAUGGAGGCACUUGUGCAUGAUUUAACUUUGGCAUUAGAAGAAAGCAACAGCAGUGCAAAUGUGAGACGCAGAUGGGGUAUUAGGAGAAGAGCCCGCUCUACGGGCAAUAUUCCAUCACUUCGUAUGAACAAACAAUCAGAUGACAGUUCAUCUUCUAUUUGUGACAUUCAUGUCCCAAAAAGUAACACUGCCUCUAAAUACCAGUCUGAUAGUGAUGAUACCAAUCAAACAAAAAGAUUUGCACGCUUUUCUAAUUCAAAUAAUGCUAGUAACAUUGAAAGUGACUCGGUUAAUGAAAAUUUUGUACCCAGAGUAAAUCCACGAAGAAAACGGAAAUUUAAAAGAAUGGCUAUUGAUUCUGAUUCUAAUCCUUCAACCUCUCAGACCGUUGUAAUGUCAGCAACACUUGCAAACAAAAAGAGAAUUCUCCGUAGUGAUUGUAAAAAUAGAUAUGGAACAAUAUGGGAACGGUCUACAGAUUGUGAUAUGAGGUCAUUAAAACCAAACAGGAAUACAAAAUCAAAAAAUCGCAUCAAAAUGCAAACUGAAGAUGGUAUUGAUUGCUCAAGAAUAUCUAGUUCAAGCAUUUCAUCUAGUGAUUCAGAAGCUGGACUUAUCACAAAUGACGAAGAUCGCGAAGGAGACGAUGAACAAUCAGACUGGAUUGGAGAACCAAGCUGGUGGGACGAUGGUGAAAGUGCCAAUGAAGAUAAAGUUAAUACUGAUUCUCCAUUCCAAAUGAUGAUACAUGGAAAUUUUGAACAUACCACAAUUGAAGCCAGGAAAAGUUACAGAAAAAGAAUUCAAAGAAUUCGAGAAGGUCUCAGUGGAAGAGAAAUCCGUGCUGGCCGACGUCAUGUUGACAAUAAACCUGGAUAUUCGAUUAUUACGUCAGCCAAUGAAAAAGUCUCUAGAUUUUUACAAGAUCCUACACAGAACGAACUUAGAUUACAUCCUAUGCGACAGCCUGAACGAGAAAAACUUCGUCGGCUUGCAAAUUUGUACAGUUUAAGUUUAAAAGGAGAUUUAGGUUGUCCAAUCUUAUAUAAAACUCGGCAUACUACGCAAGCCAUUUGCGUAGAUCAAGUAUCAUUUAACCGAUUUUCUGGUUACAAAAGACUGAGAAGAACUCCACCAAAUUCACCUAAUUCAGAAUUAAUGAUACCUAAUCAAGAGCAUCAAAUUUCUAAUACGAGUUUUGGUUCACAAGUCAUAAGUCCUACAUCAAAUUUAGAUUCAUUGCAAACUUUACCACAAUUUUCUCACUUCAAAUGGGAUUCAAAUAGCAUGGAUAUUGAAAUUCAUGGAAAACCGAAAUCACAUGAUUUUGAUCAUUCAAAAUCAAGUUAAACCAAAUAACGUUUCAAAUAAUGUUUCAUAAAAUAAAUUAUUUAUGUGUACAUUCAUAUGGUGCUUCAAUAUAUGACUUUUUUAACAUAUAAAAUUAUUAAAUUUUCAAUGUAAGUUUGUUAUAUUAUUCUCAACUGUGAUUAUAAUUAUUUAAAUAUAUAAUUUUCUUAAAUAUUUUCAACCAGUUUGGUAACAAAUUUGUCAACUGUUUUGUAUCCAAUAUUCUUUUUAUCAUAUAUAUUUACAUUAAAAUUUGAUUCAAGUAUUAUACACAACUUAAUAUAUUGCUAAUUUAAACAUUAUUUAUUUUACAAAUUCUGAGGCUUUUUAAUUUCUCUAAUUUUUAAAUAACAUACUCAUUUAUUUGUAAUCAGUCGGUAAAGAAAAAUUAUAUAACAGUAAAAUAUUAAAAAUAAUUAAUUUACAUACUUUAUUGACACAAUGUUCAAGACUUUUUACCCUCUGUUAUUUUUUUUUGCGCAGCAAGUACAUUUUCAUUAGCAAGCAUUUGAAACUCCUCAAACCGUUGUGAUAUCCUCUGGUUCAUCUUCAAAUAUUUUUCCAUGCAGUUUAGAGCACAAGUUUCUUCCUUUGCUUUGACAUCUCGUGUAGUAAAUUCAUUUAUACAAUCAAUGAAACAAGUUUCUAUCAGUUUAUUAUAGGAUGUCACAAAGUCUCGUACCUGAAGUAUUAUAAAAAUCCUAAUUCAAAUUUCUAUUCUUUACAAUUUAUUUUUAUUUUUACAUAACAAAAUUUACAAUCUCUCAUCUUUGUACUAACGAAUAUCAUAUUCAUCAUCUAUUUAUAAAUGUUUAAUUCAAUUUUUCUAUAAAACGAUACAUUUGAAACAACUACAAAUACAUACAGAUUUAAUUUGUUCAGGAUCCACAUUUGUAGGAACUUGCAUUGCCAUUGCUAAUGAUUUAGUUUUUGUUAAGAUACCUGUACACAAAUACUUUAUUGAUAUACUA